CAAACUAUUCACCCUUAUCAUCUUAUCUGAAAUCCCCAAUCUCUGAAAAAAUGGCUUCAACUCUCUCAACAAUCUCUCUAAUCCGUUCCCCCCGAUCAAACCCUACAAUUUCCACCGGAGUUCACUCACCGGCGACAUUCCUAAAACCGGCGCCGGAGUUUCACAAACAAUCCCGAAGAGCCACCUUCCUCCGUCCUCUCUCCGCCGUAGAAGCACCAGAAAAGGUAGUUCAAUUGGGAGAUGAAAUAUCAAAUCUAACACUAGCCGAUGCUCAAAAACUGGUUGAAUAUCUUCAAGAUAAGUUAGGCGUAUCAGCAGCGGCAUUCUCACCUGCAGCUGUAGCUCCGGCGGGUGCAGGAGCGGCGGUGGAAGUAGCUGUUGUUGAAGAGAAAACGGAAUUUGAUGUUGUUAUUGAAGAUGUACCUAGUAGUGCUAGGAUUAAUACGAUUAAAGCUGUUAGGGCUUUGACGAAUUUGGCUUUGAAAGAAGCUAAGGAAUUGAUUGAAGGAUUACCGAAGAAGUUUAAAGAGGCGAUUUCGAAGGAAGAAGCGGAAGAGGCGAAGAAACAACUUGAAGCUGCUGGAGCGAAGGUUGCUAUUGUUUAAUGGAGAUAGAUCUGAGAAGAAGAAGAAUAAUGAAUGGUUGUUUAGAGAAGAUGAUGAAGUGUUGAUUUCUUUGGUUUUAUAAUUUGUGUUGUUAUUAUUAUUGUUAUUGUUUAUUGCAAUUAGAGUUUAAACAUUUUG